UUUACAAUUGUAACGGAUUAUUUACAAAAAAUUAGUGCGCGUCGCAACGUCAUUUUAUUAUUUCUCCUGAAUUUUUAAUAUUACUGCCAUCAUUGUCAUAUUUUUUGGUCAAUAAAUCGAAAGCUAAGUUAUGGCGGAAUUUAAAACACCGAAGAAAUUUCGAACACCGGAAAAAGCUUUACCUCCAAUUAGAAUUCCUCCAUCGCCUUAUUUGCAAGAGUUAGGUUAUGGUUGCGGCGUGAAAGUUUUCACAUUGGAGAGAUCACCAAAAGUUGGAUGCAUUCGAUCGCCUUGGGCAGUGAAGAAGAGAAAUAAAGUUGUCAAAGAUCCAAAAUAUAAUGAACGAAUAAGGGACGAGGCGACGAUACUUCGUAAAUUGAAUCAUCCAAAUAUUAUUGGUUUUCGUGGAUUUACGAAAGAAGCCAGUGGAGAGCCAUGUUUGGUUAUGGAGAAACUCGACUCUUCUCUUGGCGACAUGAUUGAGGAAAGAGAUGGCGAACUAUUUAGUGCGAAAGACAUUUUGAAAAUUGGCUUCGAAGUUGCUAAAGGCCUCGAGUAUUUACAUCACACUGCUUUUAUUUUACAUGGCGAUAUUAAAAGUUACAACGUUCUUGUUUCCUUUGAUUACAAAACAGUGAAAUUGUGCGAUUUUGGCGUUUCUCUUUGCCUCACUGAAUCGUUGGAAAUGGAUAAGAAAAAGCAAGGAGACGCCACUUAUAUUGGCACUGAAUGUUGGAAUGCGCCCGAAAUUCUUUCCGGUGAAGGACCGGUGACAAAUAAAGCGGACAUGUGGUCCUAUGGACUUGUUCUUUACGAAAUGAUGGCUCUUUCUCCGCCACAUGUCGAUUCUUGCAGCACAAUGUCGGACGUAAUGAAGGAAAUAAUGGCCGAUGAAAAUUGCGACGAAAAUGAUGAUUUAAAUUCAAUGGACGUGAGUUAUUCUUCGGAGCUCGAUACGACAAUUUCUGGACCAGGAACUCGUCCACUUUUGCCGGCAUUCUUUCCAAGCGAGGGUUACGAUCAGGUUUUGGAAAUAUUCUCCGUUUGCACUGAGGAUGAAUAUAAAAAACGACCAAGCGCCAAGGGUGUUGUGCGCUUCUACAAGACAAUAAUUUUCCCACAGAAAAAAACUUAGUAUAUUUGCUAAUUUUUUUUCCAUAAAUUCUUUAUUUUCUUUAAAAGUAAACAGCAAUAAAAAUUAGAAUAAUGAUUAUCGUCACGAGGAUGCAAGCAAUUUUGAUUUUCCUCUGGAAGCAAAAAGAAAAGGAGUUGAGGAGAGAAAUUAUAAAUAUUGAAAUGCGAAUAUGCAAU